CGCACGAAGUAACACUUUUGCUUUUUUUUCCUUCGCAUGAAUCAUCAAUAUUGCUCAGUUUCACAGUACAUAGUAAAAACAAAAAGAAAGAGAAAACAACACCCCCCCCCUCCAUGCGACAAUAUCGGAAAGCAAACCCGAAAUAGGGAAAAAAAGAAUGAAAACAACACGGCCGAAAAAAGCGCGUUAGCUCUAGCUAGCUCCUCAAGCUUGCGUUGUAGGUACAUGUUCGGUCCUCUCAUCCGGGAGGCACUUCACUUCAACCUGAACCGCGAAAAUGGAGGGCACGCCACAGUGUCGCACCGCAUAGGAGGUACUGUGCAAAGCUGUCACCGACUUUCUUUUUUUUUCAGCUGGGCUUCGUCGGGAUUUGGGGUGGGAAAAACAUCCGGGUGGCCGCAAGCUUCGUUUGUCGCCGCCGUUGUCGCCGCCGUUUGUGUUCAUUUGGUGCGAAAAGGAGGGAGGGCCACAAUCCCAGCUGUGUGGAAAAUAGGUAGCCAUGUCGGCAUUUUCUAAUUCAGUCAUUGAUUCAUCCAUUCAUUCAUUCACGCAUGUGGCGCUGGGCGCUGGGGUCAAAAACUCAAAAGAAUAGGCGGCAAAUUCCGUGGCGCCCACCUGGAGGAGCGGAUAGACCACAUGGCAGUUGCACAGUUUCGAUCUGAAAAGCGGGACAUG